CAGCGGCCGUACUUGAUUCUAUCGGGGCAGGAAGUUCCCUACGCUGCAGCAUUUCCGAUGUCAAGCUGGUAACGUGAGCUAUUUAAAGGAGACUUCCUCCAUCUUUCUUCGUAUCUGUUUUGUGUGUGUUUUUAACCGGGAUAUGACGCACUAAAGGACCCGACGGAAAUAGAACUGAAAGCGUUCUAAAAUGGCGAACCGCACGGUGAAGGAUGCCCACAGCAUUCACGGCACCAACCCGCAGUAUCUGGUGGAGAAGAUCAUUCGGACUCGAAUCUAUGAGUCCAAGUAUUGGAAAGAGGAGUGCUUUGGCCUUACGGCUGAACUUGUAGUUGAUAAAGCCAUGGAGUUAAGGUUUGUCGGUGGCGUCUAUGGUGGCAACAUAAAGCCAACUCCCUUUCUGUGUUUGACCUUGAAGAUGCUUCAGAUUCAACCAGAGAAGGAUAUCAUUGUUGAGUUUAUAAAAAAUGAAGAUUUCAAGUAUGUACGCAUGUUGGGAGCACUUUAUAUGAGGCUGACAGGUACUGCAAUUGAUUGCUACAAAUACUUGGAGCCUCUGUACAAUGAUUAUAGAAAAAUUAAGAGCCAGAACCGAAAUGGAGAGUUUGAACUGAUGCACGUAGAUGAGUUCAUUGAUGAACUACUACACAGUGAGAGAGUCUGUGAUAUCAUUCUGCCCCGGCUACAGAAACGCUAUGUGCUAGAGGAAGCUGAGCAAUUGGAGCCUCGGGUUAGCGCUCUAGAAGAGGACAUGGAUGAUGUCGAGUCCAGUGAGGAAGAGGAAGAAGAGGAUGAGAAGUUGGAGAGAGUACCAUCACCUGAUCACCGCCGGAGAAGCUACCGAGACUUGGACAAGCCCCGUCGCUCUCCCACACUGCGCUACAGGAGAAGUAGGAGCCGGUCUCCCAGAAGGCGGAGUCGGUCUCCAAAAAGGAGGAGCCCUUCCCCUCGCCGAGAGAGGCAUCGGAGCAAGAGUCCAAGACGUCACCGCAGCCGGUCCCGAGAUAGACGGCACAGAUCCCGCUCCAAGUCCCCAGGUCAUCACCGUAGUCAUAGACACAGGAGCCACUCAAAAUCUCCUGAAAGAUCUAAGAAAAGCCACAAGAAGAGCCGGAGAGGAAAUGAGUAAUGGACUCAGUUUAGGUUUAGUCCAAAGAGCCUCCUGCAAAUAUGAAGUCAUCUCUCUAUGUGGAAGGACUAAGAUCUACUCCCACGGCAGCUAUAAGACUAUUUUAGGGUGUUUUUGUUUUUUAACCUGAAAGUCCAUUUUUUUGUUUGUUUUUGGUAAUGAAAGAGGUGCUUAGUUUUGUAUCUCUUUUUGAAUCCUAAUCCAUAUUUGAGGGAUAAUGCUCCCCAAGGGCUGCUUUUGAUCCCUUGUACAACAAACACUGAGGAUUUGGGAAGUGGAGGGUAUGUAUGACAAGGAGAGGAUAUGGCGGCCUAGUGAUCCUUUUGUUAUUAAAUUUAACAUUCCAUCUUUCUGUGGUUUCAUUUUUAGUUUGCUCCCUGAUUGGAACUGUUUUGAGAACCCUAAGAUUUGUGCUGCUGCUGUUAUAUUCAAAGAUCAAGUUAGUAAAACAUUAAUGCUUUUCCCCCCCAGCAGUAGCAAGUGAUAAUAAACAUGAGAACUGAUUAAUAGCAGUUUUGUAAGAAAAUAAUGCAAUGCAAGGCUUCUUCUGGAUCAUUUAAUCCAGUUGCACUGAACAGUUCAACAAACAGUAAAAUUUAACACCUUUUAUACAGCAUUCUUAUAUAUUGUUUCUCCUUCCACAAGCCUUGAAUUCCAGGUUAAGAUGCUCAGCCUUUAUUCUACAAGAAUUGACAUUAUCCAAGUCUAGUCAGUAGCAGUAGGGCAACAAGAUUGAAAAGGUAAUGUCACUCAGGGUUUUGACCUGAAUUGUUGGACAAUAGUGCCAUUCACAAAGCCAGAAAAUAUAGCAGGAAGAGACCAGGAUUUACAGGGGCAGGUAGUGGAAGUUGUAGUGAAAAUGAUUCAAUCAGUUUAACUUUAGACAACUAUAGUAUGUCUAGGCAAAGCCCAGAAAGUUGGAACUAGGAACUGGAGUUGAACAUAGUGAGCUAGCCUUGAAUUGACAAUGUUUGGAUAAUUGUGGAUGUGCAGAAUUAAAAAGAGUGCCCCAGGAGUGUUUGUAUAUGUAGGAAAAGCCAAUAAUAGAAUCAUAGGCAACAGCACUGCUGAGAGGAAGAAGUGCAGUCAUGGGUUGAAAACUGCAAUGAAUCAUUCAGAAAGGAGAAUUAGAAGAGGACGCAGAAGCAGAAUGACUGAAAAAUGUUCAUGGGGUCCCUGGCCGGUGUGCCUCAAUGGUUAAAGCAAAGGGUCAUGGGUUCAAUUUCCAGUCAAGGGCAUGUACUUGGGUUGCAGGUUCACUCCCCACCCCAGUCUUGAUGCAUCCGUGAGGCAUCCAAUCCAUGGGUCUCUUUAGCAUUGAUGUUUCCCUCCGAAAAAAGCAAUUAGGGGGGGAGGUGGGGGGGGACAUCAUCUGGUGAGGAUUAACAACAAACAACAAAAAUGUUCAUGGGCAUUGAUAAUCAAGAGGAGAGGAUGUUGGGAUCUUUGCUAGAAAAGUUCCAUUUACCUGUACUUACCUUUCCUCCUUUAAAAAUGGAAAAGUGAUUGAAUGACUUCCUGCAGCUCUGGUCCCAACAAGAAUUGUGAAUACCAACUGCCUCACAGGAUGGAUCCAGUUUCUUGGAAAGCCAUAUCUGGUCACAGGAUUCACAAUCUAUUGCUUGCUAUUGAACUGAAGGAUUGUUGCAGCAAUAUUAAAGCAUUUGAGCAUCAUUUUCAUGAUUUCAAAUUCUUCAAUGAUUCUUCUUUUGAAGAUACUUCAGCUAAUAAGAGUUGUCCAUCAGAGCUAUUUUGGUUUAUCAUACAACUAUAUAUGACUGCCUUUAAAAAUUAAAUAUAAGCACCUCUGUUUA